GGACGCGAAGGGCCUGGAUGUGGCCGAUUAGGUCAGGAGACUGAACAAGCGAGCUUCGAAGCUUCAGGAGGUACUCAAGUAGCCGGACUCAAUCUCCAUACAGUUGACGUGUUAAUAUAUAUCAUGAAACAAUGAGGAGGUUUUUGUUGCUUUAUGCUACACAGUGUGGACAGGCAAAAGCCAUAGCAGAGGAAAUAAGUGAGAAAGCUGGUACACAUGGAUUUUUUGCAGAUAUUCACUGUUUCAGUGAAUCUGAUAAGUAUGAUUUAAAAACAGAAAAAGAUCCACUUGUUGUCGUUAUUUCUACCACUGGCACUGGAGAUCCACCAGAUACAGCAGUCAAAUUUGUUAAAACAAUUAAAGACAAUAAUCUGCCACCAGAUUUCUUCUGUCAUCUGCGGUAUGGAUUACUGGGUCUAGGUGAUUCAGAAUAUACCUAUUUCUGUAAUGGUGGGAAAAUAAUUGAUAAACGACUUCAAGAACUUGGAGCCCGACGGUUUUAUAAAACUGGGCAUGCAGAUGAUUGUGUAGGUUUAGAACUUGUUGUUGAACCCUGGAUUGAUGGACUUUGGAUUGCCCUCAACAAACAAUUUGUCCUAAGUGAAAGAAAAACAGAUAUGAUCAGUGAUUUCAGUACCACAUCCAGUGCCUCCUUAAAGAAUGUUAAACCAGAAAUAUUACCCAUUGACUCACACAUUGCACUUCUCAAAUUGAAUGAUUUGGAAGGGAGAGUUUAUUCAGGAACUUUAAUCGAAGAUUUUGAACCCUCACUUAUCCAAUCAAUACCACCCCUUUCACAAUCUGCUCUUAAUAUUCCAACAUUACCUCCAGAAUAUUUAGAUGUCCAGUUUCAGGAACCUCUUGAUCAGGACCAGUGCCAAGUAUCUUUUACUCCAGUGGAGACAGUUUUCCAGGUUCCCAUUUCAAAGGCCAUUCAGCUUACUAAGAAGGAUGCCAUAAAAACCACUCUGCUAUUGGAAUUGGACAUUUCAAAUACAACCUUUUCAUACCAGCCUGGAGAUUCCUUCAAUAUUGUUUGUCCUAAUGAUGCUUCAGAAGUACAGGAAUUAAUUCAAAGACUUCAGCUUUCAGAGAAAAAAGAACAUCGUGUAAAAUUGGAAAUUAAAGCAAACAAUAAAAAGAAAGGAGCAGCCAUACCUCAGCACAUUCCUGAAAGGGUUUCUCUUCAGUUCCUUCUUACUUGGUGCCUUGAAAUAAGAGCAGUUCCUAAAAAGGCAUUUUUGCGAGCCCUUGUAGAAUAUACCAGUGAUAGUGCUGAAAAGCGAAGAUUACAAGAACUUUGCAGCAAACAGGGGGCCUCUGACUAUAAUCGUUUCAUACGAGACUCUUAUGUCACUUUGUUAGACUUACUCCAUGCUUUUCCAACUUGUAGGCCACCUCUUAGUCUUUUGCUAGAACAUCUUCCCAAGCUUCGAGCCAGAUCAUAUUCUUGUGCCAGCUCCUGUUUAUUUCAUCCAGGGAAACUUCAUUUUGCAUUUAACAUUGUAGAGUUUCUGUCCAGUGUGGAACCUGUGACUUUGAGAAAAGGAAUAUGUACGGGCUGGCUGGCCGUACUGAUUGACUCGGUAUUUCAAGGAAAUGGGAGUAUCUCACAAGGAAAUGAUGUUGAAUCUGGCUUUCCAAAGAUCUCCAUUUUUCCUCAUCCCACAAACUCUUUCCGAUUACCCAAUGACCCUUCAAUACCCAUUAUAAUGAUUGGUCCUGGCACUGGCGUUGCACCCUUUAUUGGUUUUCUACAACACAGAGAAAAGAUCCAAGAACAGUAUCCAAAUAGAAACUUUGGGGCUAUGUGGUUAUUUUUUGGCUGCAGACAUAAGGAUAGAGACUAUUUAUUCAGAGAAGACCUAAGCCAUUUCCUUAAGAUUGGAAUUUUAACUCAGCUGAAAGUCUCCUUUUCAAGAGAUAUUCCUGUGGAUGGGGAAGCUACCCCACCGAAAUAUGUGCAAGAUAAUAUUCGCCUUUGUGCCCAACAGGUCACAAGAAUCCUUCUCCAGGAAAAGGGUUAUAUCUAUGUGUGUGGUGAUGCAAAAGGAAUGGCAAAAGAUGUGAAUGAUGCGCUAGUGGAGAGCUUAAGCAAGGAGUCUGGAGUUGAAAAAUUGGAAGCAAUGAAAAUGUUGGCUACAUUACGAGAAGAAAAACGAUAUCUACAAGAUGUUUGGUCUUAAGAUUUUUUUUUUUUUUUUGCCUGUUUGGAAUGACUCAGAUAUUUUGAGCUGAAAAUACUAUGCUUUUCCUCUGUUUUCAUAUUCUCUGCCAAUUGUUUUAGUUUUUAUAUUUUUAUGGAGGAACUUUUAUAUGAAAAACUUACCAUUACAGAAAGCCCGUAUUUGUGAUUUUGAAUAAAUUACUGCCUUUGUUGCUUACUCAGUAGUACUUCUAAGUUUUACGGGGUUUUUUUUUUGAUAGACACUCUAGUUCAGUGGUGUCAAAUCCAGAUAGAAACAGUGGCCACUAAUAUAUACAUGAAGAUUCCUAUGGGCUACAUAUUGACAGUUUUAAAAAUGAAAUAUGUGUGUUUUAUUCUAUUUUUAUUUUAACAUUUCCUAAUUAUGUUUAAAUCUGGUUCAGGCUGCACUCUAAAGGGUUAUGAGCCAUGUAUUUGGCACUUCUGCUGUGGUUGAUAAUACUUACAUUGUUUGCCAAUUUUCCUAAAUGUAGGGUGGAUUUUCCUUAUUAAAAUGAACUAGCAAAUAUGGAAGCAAGGUAAAAAACAAGUAGCAUGUGGAUUGGGACUUUUUCCUAUGUAGUUAGAACCAAACAAGCAUUUUUGCUUUAAAAGGGAAUAUUGUAACUAUCCCAUACAUUUUAUAGAUUUACAUACAUUUAUUUGCCUCCAAAUAUCUAGAAAUGUAUUAAAAUGAGCAAGUUAGCCCCUCAGUGAUUUGGGUAGUAAUUAAUCCUUAUUUUAUUUUUGUCAGUUUAUAUUGCUCCAAUUCUUUGAUAAGUUCAGGAUUUUUGUACAAGGUAACCUUCAUAAUUUAUAUUUCUAGAAAUGUUUAUUCUAGUCAAUAUCAUUUAACUGCAAAAAUUUAUUUUCCUAUUAUCAGCUGGAAAUUCAGGAAAUAAAGUAUUUAGCAUCAAUGUUUCCAUUUAUAUGUUGUAUGUGUGUAAAGAUGGAAUAUAUAUUACUAUAUGUAUGAUCCCAUGUAGCAGUUUAUCACAAUAGUAAGUUGAUAUCCAUGUUAUAUAUCAAUCAUUUUAACUAAACUUUUAGACAAUUAAAACUAAAUGACUUAAAAUUUUUAAUGACCCAGCUUGAUUCCUCCCAAAGAAAUGAAUAGACACCUUCCUGCUCCAUUGUAGCAAUCGGGGACUGAUUUGGGAAUGCUUAAUAGAAUUUUUUCCUCUAUAUCAUGGUUAGUUGUUGAAUUUUCUCCCACUUUUUACUUUGGAUGUAGGCUUUAUGGAAGAAGGAGGGAAGAAGUUUGUCUUGGAAAAUGUAAGUGAUAUAAAAAUAAAAUGGCAAUAAAAUAUUUUUUCAAAAAA